AUGGCCUAUACUGAUGAUGCCGUGAAGGCGAAGCUGUCAGCUCUAAACGAGACUCAGGAAUCCAUCGUCACGGUGGCUCAAUGGGUUAUGUUCCAUAGACGCCAUGCAGACCGCACCGCUCAGCUCUGGCUAGAGAAAUUGCGCGAUGCCAAUCCGUCAAAGAGACUCAAUCUUAUCUAUCUAGCUAAUGGUAUUAUUAUCGCAGACGCGACUGCAACAGCCUUUAAGGGUGCGUCAAACGAGAUCCAACAGAAACUGAGACGUGUGGUGGAAGUCUGGAGACAACGCUCGAUAUUUGAGAAGCCUAUUCAGGACGCUGUUGAGGCCCGAGUCGAAGAGCUCGACAAGUCUAAAUCUACAGGCAAAAAGCCUCUUCUUGGAGGCUCUCUUUUCUCGAGCUCUCCGGGCUCCCUCCCCCAGGAGCUCCAACCCCUUGCUCCGUUACAGGUUGCAACCUCAAAGGCUUCUGUUUCAUCUAAUGCUACCGUGACGACCGCAAAUGUGGAAUAUGACAAGCUAAAUGGCCCCUUUGCCGAGAUCCCUACUCCUCCCGUCUAUGCAGCUCGACUAAGCACGUUACUUAAGACACUUGCCAACGCUGAGAGCUCCGUGUCUGAAGUUAUAAAGUGCCGUCAAUCACUUAUUGAGGGACUCGAAAAGGUUCUCGACACCAACCGGACAGCGCUAGCAAAGGAGAAAACACAGAUUGAACAGUUGGCUUCCCGUAGGACAGAGACCGAGAAUAAGAAACGAGAUGUUGAAGAUGCUAUAAUGCGCGGACUGUCUGCAGACGAUUCAUCAGCACCACAAGGUAACGGAGGUCCAGCUUGGGCGGGGCAUGAAAAUUCCUUUGGGAGUGAAGGGCUGGAGGCUCCAGCAGUCGAGGCUCUAACACCGCCCCCAGCCGAGGCCCUGACCCCGGUUCAAUCACCGAAGCUCAAUCCCAGCUCCAACCAAAAUGCGCAACAGCCAUCUAUGAUACCCAAUCAUACAAAGCUAACCUCAAGUGGAGCUAUGGGCGAGCUCGAAGACCCAUCCCAAGCGCCAUCCAUCGACUUGAACACCACCCUCUCAACACUCCAAGCUGCCGCCAGCCCGCCCUCCAAUGAUGCUUCGGCCGGCGAGCUAGCCAGUAAAAAGCGAAAAGUCGUUCACACUCGAGAUACGUACCCUGAAUUUGAAGGGGGCGAUGCAAUGGCUGAUUUGGACGCAGAUGUAGCUGAGCUACUAAGGCAGGAGAGCACCAAGCAUUAA